AUGGGUGUGCGGACGGCGGCAGUCUGCGUCGCUUGUCCAGAGAUGCCGGCCACGGAUCGCUUCUCGCGGCUGCAGCUGGCGCUGCUUCUGCUCUUGGCCACUUCCUCGCGAGCUCAGCAGUUUGCCGGGCCGCUGCUGAUGGAGGCCCUGGACUCGAUCGUCCGCAACGACGACCUGCGCUGCGUCCCACGGCUGGUGUGUGAGUUCGCCGCUGGAUCGCGCUCGGCGCAACAGCUGCCUUUCGUCAACGCUGACUUCUUGCUAGCGAUCCUACGCGUGGACGGCGCGGAGGCGCUGGAGAGUUCCCCGCUGCUGGUGCUGGGCCGCGCCGCGAUCACCGGCGUGGCUGCUCGCGGGGACCCGCGGCCGUGCUUCGCCGCCUACCCCGCCUGCCCCAGGGACAGCGACCGCCUCGUCUACUACCUCAACAACCACAACGGCGGCUUCUUCCGCUUCUUCCGACAGCCGUACGGGUACGGCUCUGCAUACAGGCCUGGCGCGCGCUGGGAGUCGCAGAGGGAGCUGCAGGGGGCGGAUGGGGAUGCAGAGGGCACGCGCACGGGCACCGGGGACCUGCUGCUCUACGCCGCCGACCUUACGCGCUUCCAACGCCCUAACUCCGGGAAGUCACUGAGGUUUCCAUACAAUUCGGAGAGUCCAGAGCAUCAACAUAAGCUGCUGGGAGACACGCUAUAUGGAGAAGCUCACGUUUUCAACAACGGUGAUCGCGGCAGACGAGGAAGGAAAAUGAAGUUUCCGUCAAGAGACGAAGUUGACGACAAUUCUGGAUACAUAAACGACGUUCAAGAUAUAGAAGAAGGUGUGCGCUUUACCUCUUUCGGCGCCAGUAACUUGAAAGGGCAGGGAAUCAAAUUCCCGACAUUUUCAGCCGAGACGGAGGGCUACAUUCCAGCUGUCCAGUCUGUUACCGGACAACAGCCCAGGGACCACAGCCUAAGUAAGGGCUUUAAAUUCCCAGACAUAGAAGACGACCAGCACCAAGAAGAAUACAGUUAUGUUGCUAAAAGGAACAGUUAAUUCAAGCCGUUACUUACCAUAUGGUCAAUGGACAAGAUAACGUCUCAAAUGUUCUCCAUUUGUGCAUACAUAACUAUUCUAAAACAUCAUUAUUUUUAAGUUUGCAGUCUGAAACCUAGAAAUAGGGCUCUUCUUUUCUGACAUAUAUCGCCAUCACAUCUACUUAGACGACAGCAAUGAGCUUAAGUAUCAAAGGAAGCGACAUCCUUAACCAGUGAAGUUAUUCAGUUUCUAGUAAGUGAGAAUUGUUGUACACGCUCAUUCUUUGUCAAUGAUAUAACUUAAUGAAAUUUCUGUUGCAUUUAGAUACAGUAUCUCCGUAAUAAAUAUAGCAAUUUACUCCUCCUUAAUAACGUAGUUUUAAAAGAAGAAGCUUGAGGGAAAAGAGAAUGAAAUUUAAAAACUGGUUGUCACACGAAUGUGGUUUAUGGGUCAGUUUAAGUCUAUGUUAUUUGUCAGAGACUUUUGACCACAAAAACGCAACAGAUAAACGUGUGAUUCUUACUGCUUUGCCAACUGAAGCUUCA